AUGUGUCUGAUCUUCACCGUCUACUUCAAUCGCCGCGAGCGGCGGCCGCCGAGCAAGAAAUCGCGCAAGCGGGAUUCGUCCGACAAACUCCGCAAGCUCGAUGCCGUCUCGCCUUCAAGAACACUCGAGGAGUGCCUUGUAUUCAGCCCGCUUCUGUGGAUGGUGUCGCAUUAUCGCUUGUUUGGCAGCCCGUCGCUGACCACUCUUCACUGCAGCGUGGUAUGCCUUGAACCAGUCCUCCGCUCGCAAGUGAUCCGCGAACUCAAAUGCCUGCACGUUUUCCAUCGAGAAUGCCUGGAUAAAUGGUAUCUCCAGGACCAUUACAACUGCCCGCUCUGCCACAGAGCCUACUUCUAUCAGGAAACCCGACCAACAAACGAUUUUGUUUGGAUGAUUGGGUGA